AUGAAGACCUCCAUAUCGUCGGAUGUCUGGGAAAAGAAGAAGGCCCUCAUCGCCAAGUUGUACAUGGAGGAAGAAUGGCCGUUGAAGCAGGUCAUCAAGCAGAUCCGGUCGGACGAUUUCAAUCCUAGCGAAACACAAUUGCGCAGCCGUCUAAAGAAAUGGCGUGUCACCAAGCCCUCGCGCCAGACUCGCAAGAAGCCUCAGGGUGCCACCGACGACGAAUCGGACAAGGAUCGGAGGUCUUCGACGGCCUCGCCCCGCCAUCGCAAGUCCUCGCCCCUGCGCGACUGCGCCAGGCAUACCGCCGACUGGGUGGCACCCACCCACUCGCUCUAUGGGCAGCCGCAAAUUGCUUCACAGCAACUGACGCCCAGCCCAUCGGGCGACCCCUCGGUGCACUCCUUCACCGACGGGAACCCAGUGACUUCGUCUUUCGAGCACCCCGCGCAGACUUCCCCUGUAGGACAGGGUCUCAUGGUCAACACCUCCUCCGUCGUGACGCCCUCCUAUUCCAGCCUGCCCCUCUCACCCGAGUCCUGUCUGCCGAGCCCCGGGUCGAGUGCUCCCCCGGCCAUGGCCCAGUGGUCUCCUCGCUCUGUCUCAGUUGAUCUGGGCCUCAACCCCACCAUGCACCAGGCUCCUUGGUACUCAGUGCCGUUCGAGCCCGUGACACCGCCGGCCGGUGUUCCACACUCUGCACCCCUCCCGCCCUCCGUCUCGGGCUACAUGGUUCCUCCUGCACAGGGCGUCUUCCCUCCCGAGUUCGCCCAUUAUCCCGGUGAGGAUUACCAGACAUACGAUGCGAAGCCGUGGAAGCGCACAAUGUCUUUGCAGUAUGACUAUGGUCAUGGUCGCCCCGAGCACUCCGACCGGAAAUAUCACCACUCGUACCACCAGCCUCCGCCGGGAAUCAUUUCGAUGCCCCCCAGUCAGCCUGUGAUGUGUGCGCCCAUGAUGCCGUACUCAACCUAA